AUGUCGAAGCCAUCAACCGAUGUUCGACAGGACUUCAAGGCCAAGAAUACCUACGGCAGCACGGCCACCUGGAUUCGCCCUGCCAACCCUCGGGAGUCCAUGAGCCGGACCAAGCUCCUGGAGACCAACAGCAGCGUCCGCCCAGAAGACUUGGCAUCCAUGAACACUAGCGAGGCGCAGCUGAAGUGGGAGGCUCCGAUGGAGGAUCUUUACUUGGCCUCGUUGGAUUUGGGUCCAGAUCUCGGCCUGAAGACCCACUCCGAGCUAAGGGGCGAGGCAGUGGCCCGGCGGUUGAAGGGCGAACAGAGUGGCGAACAGAUGGCAGAGGAGGAGCUUUUGGGCCUGAGCUCCUCGGGCAGCUCAUCGCUUUUCCAGCUCUUCAGCUUCAAGCACCCGGGCAACAUCAACUUCCAGCUCAAGGGCCUGCUGGACGGCAACAGCCUCGAGCUCGGCAUGCGCAUGGGCUUCGGGCCUUUCGAGUCCGAGGAGAAGAAGCUCAAGCUCGUGGACAUCGUAGACCAGUUCGCUGUGACCCUGAACGCUUUGCCCUUCGUGUCCUCGAAGAGCAAGGAGAAGGCUUUGGAUGCCCUCCGCUCCUUCUCCACAAACUAUGUGCCGCCCACGGUCUUCGAGCCGGGCACCAUGGUCGCCCUUUACAGCAAGAAGCACAGGCGAUACAUCAAGGUCUCGAACAGGCGACGAGGUAGGGAUCUGGGGUCGACCGGAAAAAUGAAUGCUCGAGACCUGAAGAAAACGUGGGAUCGCGAGUACUUCACCGUCGUGGAUGCAGGCAACGGGGAAGUCGCAUUUCACAACCCGAGGUUCAACCGCUUCAUCAGGAUGCAGUCUAAGACGAACAUGGACAUGAGCGGCGACAGGGCGACGCUCCCAGGCGGUUGGAAAUCUGAGCGAUUCACGCCUGUGAAUGCGGGUAAAGGCGAGAUCGCUCUUUAUUGCCGAGCACAUCGCCGCUUCGUGCAGAUGCGGCCGGAUGGCUCCAUGAGGACGAAAGACAAAGACUUGAAUGCCGACGACCUGUCUCCCACUUGGACAUACGAGCGCUUCACCGUGGUCCAAGGCCAUCCUUACUUUUACCUGGAGCCCGGGUCUGUCGUUGCUUUCCGGUGCAACAAGCACCACCGCUUCAUGCGCAUGACUUCGGGAGGCAUGUCUCGCAGUGCGAUCCAUGGAGCUUACAAACCCAGUUCGCGUCGGUCGUACACGUAUUUCAAGGUAGUAGAUGCGGGUGGUGGUCUCAUUGCUCUUCACAGUGCCAAGUACAAUCGCUUCGUGGCAAUGACAAGCGACGGCGCGGUGAGGGCCAGCGCCAAAAAGUCUGCGCUCGAGCUGCCCGACGACUGGACCAGCCUGCGGUUCGCGGUGGUGCCGGCCGGGAACGAGCAGAUUGCUUUGCACAACCCCUGGAGGGGCCGCUUCAUCUCCAUGUCGACCAAAGACAUGGUGUCAAGUGGGAGCAAGAAAGCACAAGACUUGCCUGGCCGCUGGAGCUGGGAACGAUUCAAGGAUGGUGGGGCGGUGCAAUGCUGUUUCUAUGGCUGGAUUAUUGUGUUUGCCUGCAUCCUCUGUAAGAUCUUCAAGGUGCAAGGAGAGAACAAGGUCAUGACUUACACUGUGCCUCACUUGAUGGAAGAGUUCCAGUUCUCGCAUGCUCAUCUUGGGGGCUUCUUCUCAGCUGCAACGAUCAUGGCUGGCACGGCUCAGCCCAUGCUCGGUAAGGCCGUGGAUUAUUUUGGUGGACGGAUUUGCAUCUCGCUGCUGCAGCUCGCCAUAGGCGCCUCACUCGCAGUCUUUGCUCACUGGUAUUGCACGGAGAACAAGCCGUUGCUUCGCACGGAGGCGGUCUCGGUCUUCUUCUUGCUGCGGAUCUUGUGCCUGGGCGCAGGGGAGACGUUUCCCAACGCCCUUGUGCAGCAAUGGUUCCACAAGAAGCGUGGCCGUGCCAUCGGCGUAAUUUUUACAACCCAAUGGCUCGGCCAGGCUCUCUUUGGCACAUUCAUUGCGGGUAUCGUAGAUCGUUACGGUUGGCGUGAGGCCGCUAUGCUGGGAGCGGCUGUGAAUCUGGCAUUGGCACCCGUGAGCCUACUGCUGCUGAGGAGGAGCCCUGAGGUUUGUGGCUUGAUGCCGGAUGGAUCCACCCCAAAAGAUUCGGCAAUCAUGAUUGUGGCGGAAGAAGCUCCUGAGACAAAGGAUAACUUGAAGGAGGAGGAAACACCGACUGAUUUGCGGAAGUUUUGGGCCCACUUUGGACUUACUUUCUUCUAUGCAAUGAUGUUUGGUGGCUCUGAUUUCUACAUGGUGGAGAUCAUUGAAGAGGCCUCGCCAAUGCCAGAAGUUUCUGCAGUGUCGGUGCCCUGGCACAUCUUCACUCCUUUGGCUGUGGUCACUUCGAUCGCACUUCCGGCUGUGGGUGAGUUGAUGGAUGCACACAGUAGCCGCUCAAAGUGGCUGCCGCCAGGUCUCCUUGCCUUAGCAUGCAUCCUCGGAUCCAUAGCUACACUGAUGCUCUCCUCGAUCAGAAGUUGGUUUGCAGCAGUUUGUUACGGUGUGCUGCGUGGGAUCAGCACGGGAAUCUUGCAGACCUUGCUCUUGGCAGGCUUGUGUUUUUCUGCCCAGGGAGUCAGUCGAGCGGAGAUCGGUCGUAUUCUGGGCUCUAAUUUGUUGUGCAACUUGGUCGGCACAGGAAGUGCGCCCUUCCUGUUCGGCAUCUGCCGGGAUCUUUUCGGCAGCUUUGGUGUCAGCCUUUGCGUGCCGAGCGUGCCCAUGCUGCUCCUGGCAGUCUACUUUGCUCAUCAGAACAAGAACGAGAAUCAAGAGUUUCUCAAACUGUCGCUGCCGGCGACCGGCGAGGCAGGGCGAGACUCUUGUGAAGUUGAUCGCACAUCAUCGUUUGCGAUGGAUUAUGCCUCUCAACCUGGCCUUGGCGACGAUGAGUAUCCGGGAUUUCCUGCUGAGGAGUGCCCCGCUCAGUGCCCGGACCUUUCGGCGCACAACUCGAUCAUGGCAGAAUUGCUCCGACAGAACCCUACCAUGUACGCUGAGCUCAAGGGCAAGAAGACGACUGCUGGCAUUACGCUUGCGAAGUGCAUCAAGACCGGCAUGGAUAAUAAAGGACAUCCCAUGAUCAAGACCGUGGGCAUGGUUGCUGGUGACGAGGAGUCCUACGACGUGUUCAAAGCACUUUUCGACCCAGUCAUUGAGGAGCGUCACGCUGGCUAUAAGCCUGGUGCUAGACAUCCGACAGAUCUUGACGGCUCCAAACUCAGUCCAGUUCCUAUGGAUCCCACUGGGAAGUACGUGAUCUCGACUCGAGUGCGUACUGGCCGCUCUAUCCGUGGAUUUCGCCUGCCCCCAAGCUGCUCAAGAGAGGAGCGCCGUGAGGUGGAGCGCUUGGUCGUCCAGGCGCUGAAGUCUCUGAGUGGAGAACUUUCUGGUGAUUAUUACCCUCUAUGUGGCUCUCAAUCCUAUGCUGAGAAGGCUGGUGGCAUGACCCAGGAGCAGGAAAAUCAAAUGCGGAAGGAUCACUUCCUCUUCCAGGAGCCAGACUCGACUCUGCUGCUUUCCUCCGGUAUGGGCAGACAUUGGCCCGAUGCUCGUGGCAUCUUCACUAACGAAAAGAAGAACUUCUUGGUCUGGCUGAACGAGGAAGACCACACUCGAAUUAUCUCAAUGCAGAUGGGCGCUGACAUGAAGGAAGUUUUUGCUCGCUUCUGCACGGCUGUGAACGCAGUUCAUGAGGCCGUCAAGAAAGCGGGGCGGGACUUUAUGUACAACGAGCAUCUUGGCUAUGUGCUGACCUGCCCUUCGAACCUCGGCACGGGUCUGCGUGCUUCUGUAUUGGUGAAGCUGCCACAUCUGUCAGCUCGCUCUGAUUUCAAGGAGAUUUGCAGGAAGAUGAAGCUGCAGGUUCGCGGCGGUGCUGGUGUCGACUCGGCCUCCUCCGGAGGUGUGUACGAUGUCUCUAACCUCUACCGACUGGGUAUCUCAGAGGUGGAGCUGGUGAAUGUCGUGAUCGAAGGUUGCGCCAAGCUUGUGAAGAUGGAGCAGUCUCUCGAGAAGGGUGAGUCGUUGGAUUCGCUCCCCUGA